UGUUAGCAGGCUGGGUCGGAGCGUUGCUGUGAAGGUCCUGAAGAGCGGAGCUGGUUUCACCCAGGCAGGACAGGAUGAACUGGCUCUCCUACGAUGCGCAACCGGUCCUACGAGCCGUCGCCCCUCUAGUCAAAGGAUCGUUCAGUUGCUCGAUGAGUUCAAGCUGGCCGGGGUCAACGGGGUCCACAUGUGUCUGGUGCUGGAGCUGUUGGGGCCCGACCUGAGGAGCUGGCAGCUCUGUUUUGGGAAUCCUGGACUGGCGCAGUGUUCUGUCAAACAAAUACUGACCCAGAUUCUGCAGGGCCUGGAACAUCUUCACACACAGUGUAAAAUCAUCCACACAGACAUCAAGCCUGAGAACAUCCUGCUGUGUAUGGAGGAGCAGUCCCACAAAGAACCAACAGGGGAGAGCAGCUCGCCCUCUGUGCUCAAUGGGAAAGAGGCCAAGUCCACAGAGAAAGGGCAGAUUAACUCUGACAGUUUAAAGGACUUUACAGUGAAGAUUGCAGACCUAGGAAGCUCCUGCUGGGUGUACAAACAUUUCUGUGAGGAGAUUCAGACCCGUCAGUACCGCUCACUGGAGGUUUUACUGGGAUCUGAGUACGGCCCGUCCGCUGACAUCUGGAGUGUUGCCUGCAUGGUGAGUGAAAAGCACACU